CAAUUUUCACAUUCUCCGCUGUCCGCUCCAAAUUCACUGUAGCGGCUGUAAGUGCGAUCGAUCACUAAAUUAGUCCAUUAUUUCUUGCCCGAUUGAUUCUGUUUUUCCCGUUCAAUUUAUUCUGUGUAACUGUAAGAUGAAUUAAUUAGUUUUUUUCCGUGUUCAGUUGAUAAAUUCGGGGAUGAAUUUCACAUAGUUUUUUAGAUGAUUCUGGUUUGUGAUUUUUCUGAAGUGUUUAUGUGUUAGCCAUGAUGAAUUUCUUACAGAGUAUUGAUUUUUAUGUGUUUGAUGGUUUUCUAGCGGCUGUAUGCUUCUGUUGCGGGCUUGAUUUUGGUGUAAUACUGAUUUUGGUGGUGUGAAUAUUUUCCAAGGUUUUGUGGUAUGGAUUGAAAAAAAAAUUGUUUGAAACUGUAAGGGUACUGAGAUUAGCAAUGGUGUGUUUGUAGAAGUUUAAUUUAAAUGUUUUCAAUUGGGGAAUUUUUUGUUCAUGGGAAGCUCGGUCUUAGGAAAUAGUAAUGAGGUUUUGAACAAGUAGUUUUUCGUUUCUUUUGGAGGGGAAAUUGUUAAUGUAGUGAUUAUAUUCAUGCUAAAAUCUGCCGAGAAUUGUGUUUACCGAAUACGUACUCAUUAGUUUGUGAUAUGAAAACUCGAUUGCAUACUUUUAGUUGUGCAAACAUGAUAGCCAGGAAGUGGGGGCAGGACAUAUGCUAUACGUUCGAGCACAUUUGGGUCGCCUAAUUUAUUAGUUAUGUCGAACAAUGAUGUUGAAGCCGAUAUUGUUCCUAAAGGAAAGGAUUGGGAAGUUGUUGCACUCACUGAAUCCAUGUAUGCUGCUGCCCCUUCUCCUCUCGAGCAGGAAAACCUUCAGAAAAGUCCAGCCAAUUUAAUUGGGGCCUUAAAUCCCGAGACUGAUCGUGCAAUGCUCAUGUCCGCCCACUUUGGAUUUUCACCGAGCAUGCUCGAGAACCAGCCUGCUGAGCCCAAAAUCGAGGAAGUCGAAGAAAAUUUGAAUCUCGAAGGCCCACUUUCUGAUGGAGUUAAAACAUACGAUGUUGAAAAGGACGAAGAUAAUGAACAUUUUGAAUCUUCGGACCCUACUGUGGAUGAUCCAUUCUUGUCGAAUGUUGAUGAAGAUGAAUUUAGUAAGCUCCCAAAUGCCACUUGUGAGGCUUGGUGGAGAAAGUACACGUCUUUCUUGUGUGGGCAGUCGAACUCGAAAAGCGUGAAUCCAUAUUGGUCGGUUGCAAUUACUGCUGCUGUUGUGGGGCUCGUGAUCGUUGGUCACAGGUGGCAGCGUGAGAAUCGGCCGCAGGUUUUUCGGAUUAAGUAAACUGUUAAACUGUUAAUAGCAAGUUUUACUAUAAUUGUUGAGCUGCUAGGGGAAAGAAAGUUUUUCUAUAAUUGUUCAUUAGUUAAGCUUUUACAUUCUAUUUGCAAGGACUUGAAGGUAGUAGUGGUGUUUGGUGGUACAUAAAUUCCUUGUGUGAGACGGCCAUUAGGCGUGUCGGCUCUUCUUAUCUUUAUAAAAAAAAAUAAAAAUGCAUAUUUAUGAAAUGUUUUUUGUGCGAGA